UCCUGCUGAUUUUGGUAUUUCGUCAUUACCGUUGGCAUAAGGCCAUUUUUUAUCGUUUUCAUUAUACUUGUGGACUAUUUUAAGCAGUGCUUAAACGUGUAUUUGUAUCAGCUACUGUAGUCAGUUUUAACACAUAUAGUAUAAGUCUCCAUGGCUUCGUCCUUUGAUCCCGUAGAGUGUGACGGAUGCUUCACUCCGAGCUUACCCUGUUCACUUACGCAAAGUGGCAUAGAGGUUUCAGAAGAGCAAUUGCCGACUGCAUUUAAAAUAAUUUGCUCUACGGCGUACCAACCUUCGGAUGAAUUCGACGUGCGAGACAAUACUAAAGAAACUAGUGCUAUAUUGUUAAGUUUCACGAAAACAUCGAGUGUGUCUCAAACAAGUUGUCCGGCUAAAACGCAUGUUCCAACAACGCUUUUGCAAGCACCAAUAGACCAUAUGGCCCAAAUGAAGACUCAACAAGAAGUACAGAGAAAGCCAACUAAAACAAACCAACAGACCGUAGCCAAUGUGUCCUCUGCAUCUCAUAUGAAAUCAAGCAAGAAAUCACCUUUGCCUAAGUACCCACUUUAUGCUGCCGUGCCGCAAAGAAUGACAUCGUUUGCAUCAGUCGUUCUUUCAGUGUCAACACAGUUGCUAAGCGCUGCAGGAUUUUUCUUGGUCCCCAAUGGAGGUGCCGAUGCAACAAGAUGCUUCCACUGUGGAAUCGGGUUACGUCAUUGGAGCCAGGAUGAUGACCCAUGGGUUGAGCAUGCACGUUUCUCUCCCAAUUGCGACUUUCUGUUGAACAUGAAGGGACAGGAGUUUGUGAAUCUUAUCCAGUUGGCUGUGAAAUACUCAUCUAAUCAAACUUCAAAUAAUGAUUCCAAGCCGCCGCAUAACACUUCUACUUCUACUAACGCGUCUUGUCCUUCUUUAGAAACUGAGGACAAAACCAGAAAUGACUUGGUGAGAGAGAACGCCGAGUUACGUAGCAUCACCAAGUGUAUGUAUUGCACUUGUAGGGAUGUCUCUCUGGUUUUCCUCCCAUGUGGCCAUCUCAUCUCUUGCGAGCAGUGUGGUAAAGAGCAGCGCACGUGUAGAAUGUGUGGUUGCAUUGUCAAAGGCACAGUACGCACGUUCAGAUAUUAGGGACAUCGCAAGACCGCGUCCAAUUGAUUUAUUUGCCCAAACUGUUAAAGUUUGCGUUACAUAGUGUAUCGAGCAAUGGGCAAUGAAAAGAAAGGCAAAUGUAAAGCAUGAUAUUAGAAAAGAUGGAGCCCUUUGAAUAUUCACUAUGUAACAUCCUGGCGAAGUAUACCAACAGUAUUAUAAAGUAACCGUUUGUAUGUCAGGCUCGUUCGAAAUGAGAACGCUUUUCCCACGACAUACUAGGAUUUGUGAAGUGUUUCUGAACUUGUUACAUUUGCUUAAAGAGAAAAUAAAAUUUUCAUUUUGCUUUGUUCACUAUGACAUGAUCUUGAUAUCUUAAGAUACACGGGGUUGUAUUGUUUUGUCUUACUUUGUUAUACAUGCAAUAUUUUACAAAAAGUAAACUGAUUUUACUGCAUAUGAUUAAGGUUUUUAAUAUAUAAGUAUACACCUUUAUAAUAUACAUUAACUUCAGUUUUAUGUUGUUGCCAUGGAUGCAGAUAAAAUUAAAGAAAUAUUAUAAACUGUACCGUUGUUUUGAUUGCCAUUGUUUAAUUUACUGAAAAAUUGCACAUGCUUUUUUAAUUUGUAUUGAUUUAAACAGGUGACUGCAGAAAAAGUAUAUCGACGCAUGAUUGUGUAUCCGUAUCUAUUUGUGUACCUUGUUUUAUUUUGUGAAACAACAGAGGCCUUUAUAUUAUUGUUGAAAGCGGUAAAUGUAUGGAAUAACAAAUAUGCAUCAUUGGUUUGCAUACCCGCCUUGCAACCAUGGACCAGGUUUGUCAUUAUGUGAAAUAAAUUUUGAUUAAAU